CCGGAUGCUGACGUCAAGAUUGUAUCGUUUGUUGUGCGGACGGCAUCGUUGAUUAUAAAUGGGCGUUUUUGUUUUUUAGUGUCGCGUCGCUGGUUUUCAUUGUGGUUGGGGGUAUCCCUCCCUCUACUCCCGUAAACGCGUUUAUUGUGUACUGCGUGUGGGGUCCCCGUGAAUAUGGAGCACGAAUGAUGCUAUUCAGGCAUAAAACAUCGGAUUUUAAUGUAGCUAUGUAGAAAAAUCUCCGCAGCGCUCGCGAUAUCAAUCGUCAUCUCGGUUUCACGCUAACGUACAUUACGAGACCUCAUCUCCAGUUGCCCUGACACCAAUGGCUGAUUCACACAAAACCUCUACACCUGAUCGCCAGUUGCACUGUCCACGCACACCUGCCUCACUUACAUUACCUUUCCUGAGGGAGGGUAGUAAUGUCUCGGAGAGGAAACCACCCCAGACGGGGGAACCGCUCAGUCCGUUGCCAACCAAACGCACGCGCACCUAUUCAGCAUCGGUGAGAGCCAAAUCUGGACCAGUCUUCAAGGGAGUUUGCAAGGACUUUUCAAGGUCACAGGGUCAUGGAUUCAUUUGCCCCUCCCAUGGAGGAGAAGACAUAUUUGUUCACAUCUCUGAUAUUGAAGGUGAAUAUGUGCCAAUGGAGGGAGAUGAGGUGACCUACAAAGUGUGUCCUGUUCCUCCAAAGAACCUAAAAUUCCAAGCCGUUGAGGUGGUCAUCACCAACCCUACGUCCGGAAGGAAGCACGAGACUUGGUCUGGGCAGGUUAUCAGCUCCUAGCUCAGACUUUCAAUGCAAAGCAAAAUAAUACAUUCAGAAGGAAGAAGAGAUGAAGCGAUGGGUUACGCAACGCAAAAGAUAAAAAGAAAGUCUAAGUUUGUGGAAUGAUGCUCAAGCAGAAGUGAUGUAGAAGCUUACAAUGGUGUUAUGUGUAUGUAGGAUAGGGAUGGAAUACUAAGUAGGAUUAUGCAACUGUUGUUUUCACUAGCCUGGAAAAUAAGUGAUAGAGUCAGCUGAGCUUUGACAUAUCUUUGGCAGAACAUGAUAUAACUGUGACACAGAAAGUCUUCACCUCACUUGUUUUAAAAUUUGUCAUACGCUUAUUUAUGUUCAUAAUGUGUAAAGAGACGUAUGCAUUAAUUGUUUCAAUCCAUUUCAGUGAACGGUCAUCAAACAAAUCAUGAAGUCAUAACAUUUAACACUAUUUUCAAUUGUAACUAAUAAGACUUGUGUAGAUUUCUUUAAGAGACACACCCACAUUCACAGUUGUGGAUUUUGUCACCAGGAACAAUGGUUGUUAU